UUUUGUGAGGGAAGCUGAGGGUAAGAGACUGAUUUAUCAUCUCUCUCUGUUUAACCACUUAUGCUGCCGCUGAUUUCCUCGUGGAGUAUCUCCUGGAAUUUUUGAGUAUUGCUGCGACAUAUUGUGCUUGUGGUUGAGAUGUAUGUAUGAUGACAAGUAUACUUGAGUAACGAGUUUUAAUAAUGAACACUACUGAAUGUAGAUCUUUGAAGAGGAAGGUAGACAAGUCACAGCAUCAUGGAGGAGGCAGAAGUAAAAUUGCAAAAGAAGCUAGCACUGAAAUAUUGACGACCAGCAUGCAUCUUGUAAUGCUGAGAGAUAACGACUGGACUUGCUUAGACUCCUCACCAUCACCAUGGGAAGAAAACACUUCAGCCAAAAUUUCUGAAAGGGAAGAAAAUGAGGAUGGGUCAAUUAGUUGUGGAGUUAUGUGGAAAGGAAGUGAUACAAAUCAGUUAGAAUCUACUUUAUUACAGGUAUGUUUGGACUGCAAGAGAGAAGCUAAUGGCAAGAAAUUUAACUGUGAAACACAGAUGUUUUAUUGUUUUCCUGUGACAUCCACUAGAGAAGUACUGAUUCCUGAGAUAGGCUGCCAGACAGCCACAUCAAAGCAAGCUACAUCCACUAGCAGAAACCUUAAAAAUAUAAAACAGGAAGUGCAAGACCAAGAUUGUACGAGUCAUCCAUUAGUGUGCUGUGUUCGUGGGUGUGAGAGCAGGUCAGAUGAGGUGGACCCCAGUGUAUCAUUCUACACUGUACCUAGUGAUGAGGAACAAAAGUUGCUCUGGACAGAACUGUUUGAUAUUGUACCUGACUAUCAAAGAUUAUCUCAUCAUCACGUGUGUAGUCGACAUUUCAUGACACCAAAACAAUUACCAGUGACAAAAACAAAAACAAGAAAAAAGAAAACUUGUGAUAUGCUGUUGGCAGAGGAGGCUGAGAAAAUAAAGCAAGGGUUAGCUGCUGGUCGACCAAAGAGAACUCCAAAACCCAACAAGAAUUAUGACUGGGCUGAACUUGCCACUUUCAUCAAAACAGAGGUUGAUACCCCAGAUGAAAUGGACCUUAUACCAGUUUCCAAAACAUCAACGAGGAGUCUUGGUUUAGCCACUCGACAAAGAAAGCAACCUUUUGCCAGUGUGAAAAAGGAAGACAAAGAAAACGAGAGUCCUUCCCCUGAUGCAGACACAUCAGUUUUUGAGAAUGCAGAUGAAUAUGGGGAAAAUGUUAGUUUACCUAGUCACCCCAGAGCACCUCCGCCAAAACCAAAAGGGCGACCACACAGAAUUAGAGAUAUAUGUACCCAAACUGAUGUGCUUCCAAGUUCUUCCCUGAAAAUACCAUUACGUGAGGUGAAGGUGCAGUGUAAUCUAACAAAUGAACCUCUUGUAUCCUGUCCCACUUGCUCCAUUAUUAACUGGAUGAGACUAGAGGAGCUCCUGAUUGAUUGUCUAUCAAAAAUUGAGAGAGUAUUUCACGAUCCAUUACUGAGUAUAUGCCUGGACAAGGUGCUGGGCAAUAUAGAGGAACCCAACCAUGCCACUAAUGUCCUUAAACUUCUUAGUGGAAUGGAGAGAGAUCUCUUGGAGAGCCCCAAGGAUAUUAUUUUAGUAUCUAGUCAGGAUGAAGAAGUUGAAAUAGAAAAUGUUAUUCAUCCAGAAGUUGUAAGUAUUUUUGGACUGGAUAUUUAGUUUCAUUAGUUUAUG